AUGCUCAUGGCCUUUGCCCUUCACCAGCUGAAGACGGCUGUUUCUCUUUCGAAGUUCCUGUGUCCGACGCAGGCUGUGGCCAGGAUCUUCGAGACGGCUCACAAUUACGCAGACAACACGGACACCUACACCAAGAUAUCUAUCCCUGGGGCCAAGCGGAUCCGCGUGGUUUUCGAUGAGAGAUGCAGUACGGAGAUGGGGUGCGACUUCCUCAGGAUAUACAAAGACGCGGAGCACACUGCCUACUGGGGUGAGCACAAGUACAACGGACCGGCGACAUCGCGAGGGAAGAUCUGGGCAGGGGUCGCAGGGUUCCCUCCCCUCACGAUCGAGGCGAACACCAUCGAGGUCCACUUCCACUCAGAUGCGUCCAACAACGACUGGGGUGUCAGAAUGCACGCGUACGGUAUCAUGCAGGAGCCAACACCCGAAGAGCGAGCGGCCUACAAGGAGCUGCAGGAGGAGGUGGGCGACCCGGAGACUGAGCUGGCGUGCUGGCUGUUAGAGGCACUGGCGAAGGAAUCGCAGAGCAGAUAUGUCAAGGCACUCAUGCACCGGUUCUCCACAAUGGAGACCUUGGCAAGGUUCCUCGAGGCGGCUGACAACAAGGCCAAGAUAUGGGUGGUGCGCCUCAUCUCUUCGCUGUUACAGAGCGCCUGCUCGCCGAAAGCAGAUGGUGACUCCUUGGAGGCAGCAGACUGGGACGACCGGCUUGAAGCAAUGUUCGAGCCUGCGGGACCAGUGCCAGUCCUCCUGGAGUUGGCGAAGAAGGAGGCCAAGGCGGAGGAAGACAAGGGGACAUCCACAAGGAGCCCGCUGCUGCAGGCGCUGGUCCAGGCUUGCGUGGUAGCCGACGAGUGCGACAAAAAGCGAGGACCGGGCGCUGUUCUACGAGACGGUGCUGAGGCUGUUUUCCCCCGGUGGUCGCAACGUGCAAACGUGGAGAGGUCGGACGAUGACCGACUAGUGCGCUCGACGUCCAACGCUAUCGACACCGCCCCACUUGUGGCAACGCCAGGCUUCGUUGCUCCUGUGGGCAUGGGUGGGCGAGGGGUCAUCAGGUGGCACGUCAAGGUCCUGGCAGUAUCUGAAUCAGGCCCCAGGUCAGGCCUCAGGUUGGGGGUUUUCCAGCCUAACACCUCCGUGGGAUGUCCGUCGUGGUUGCUGACCUGGGGUUGUGACGGGAACCUCCAGAUGGCUGGGCAAGGGAUGCCCUUGCCGUACGGGCCAAAGAUCAAGACUGGCGACAUGGUCACCGUGGAGGUCGACGCCCUCAAGAAGGAAGUCAAAUUCUACAGGAACCAGGCCUUGGUCGGACUCGCCUUCGGGCCAGACGGCUCUAGCGCGCGGAUCGAGCACGACGAGACUCCUCAAUUCCCUCCCUGGAGGGACGGGGAAGCUCUGCACCUAGCGGUUACGCUGGGGGGUAAAGACAACGCGGUGCAGAUAGUGCCGCCGCCGGUGCCGUUGUGCUCGACUAUAACUUCUUUGUCUCCUUCAGGAGACACGACUUGGUGGGGAGCAAGGUUGGAAAGCGGGAAACUAGGCGCGAUUGGGGGAGAGGAGUGGCUAGAGGGCGUGAAGGGAAGCAUGGAGCUCAUGUCGGCGGUGCUCAAGAGAGAGCUUCCAGCUACCUUUGUGGCGAAGGAGCUCCUGCCGAGUUGCCAAGAACGGGCGGCGCUGACUCUGGAAUCGUCUCACCCUCUCGGGGCUAGCCAUACCGAGGAGACUGUGACCAUCAAGGGAGCGACGAGCUUGGAGGUCGUAUUCGACGUGCGUACGUCCAUGGGGCCUGGUGACAAGAUCAGCGUUUUCAGGGAUAACGACCAAGGGCUGAAGCGAGUGCUACAAGGCUUGGUGGGUGCAACGGAGUCCUCUUUUGGCUCCAACAACAGCGCGGAGGGCUCUAAAUCCAGCAGUGGCGCCUUGGCAAGUAUUGCUGUUGGCGAUAGCGUGGUGAGGGGCCCCGCGUGGAACUGGGGAGAAGACGAUGGAGGGCCGGGGGGAUACGGCACCGUCAUUGAUAUCCGACCUUGGAAGGGCAAGCCUCGCAGUGGCGUCAAGGUCCGCUGGGCUGACACUUCGUUCGUCGGUCUGUACAGGUGGGACCACGAGGGCUGCUUCGAUGUCCUCAUCGUGGCGCACGGCAGCACAUCUACCAAACCGGUCGUCAUCAAGGGCGACAGUCUCUCCAUCCACGUCGACCCAGACUCUGUCUCGGAGCCAUCAUCGAUACAGUCCAGCAGCAGUAGUGCUUCCACGCCCCGCCUGCGACUGCGAGACGGGGCCAGCGUGUCGGUCAAGCUGAAGCCGAGCAUGGGCAGGGAUCUGCUGUCCGGUGAAUUCACCGUGGAGGCCUGGUUUAGACUCGAGGCAAGCUCGGACGGUGGCUUGGAAUCGAGGGCUUACCCGCUCUUGUCUCGGAGUAUCAUGGAAGGGAUCAGCCAGAUCAACAUCAAGGCAGUAUCUACGACAGACCGUCGGCGGGCGGCCGUUCACGUAGACAUGUACCAGAGCAAUGGCCUGACCACUGGCAUCUCUUUCAGCGGCGGCGUUCUCGCCCCGGGACGUUGGGGACACGUGGCAUUCUCUAUUGACGCUGCUGGGAGCGCCAAGCUGUUCGUCAACGGUUCUGAGGUGGCGAGCGCGUCGUUCCAAGGAUCGCGCAUGGUGCUAGAGGAUUGCGAUAUGGUGCUGGGAGACUCUCUCGACAACGUGGGUACCUUUAACGGCCACGUGUACGAUCUCCGCCUUUGGUCGACAGCGUUGGGCGCCGCUGAUGUGACGAUGAGGCUCAAGGUGUUGCCUGAGACAGGUUCGCCCGGACUUGUCGUCAACUUCCCCUUCACGGAGGGCGAGGGAGCAGUAUUGAACAACCGAGGUUCCUUCUCCGAAAUCGCCGCUCUGCCAAACCUUGCCUGCACCUGGACCACGUCCGUCGAGCCCCCCGUCGAGCCGACUCUGUCCCAUUGGGGUUGGCGCUGUACCGUCACGCCGAUCUACUCCUUUGAGGGCCUAUCUGGACUGCCCGAGGUGGAGGAAGAGCUGGAGGCGCUACGCGGGCUCUACGGUAGCGCUGACGUGAAGCAUGACCAGGCCCUAGUGCGGUACGUGAACUCGUUCGCAGCGAAGAAGUCCUACGAUGCGGAGCGUCUCCUUCGCUGCUCGUGGGAUGACAUGGCCCCGUCGGAGGAAGACCUCGUCAGAGACCCACUUUUACGAGAGCUGUUCCUCUGGCAUCGCCCGCCGGCCGCUUCACGCGGUUCCAUUGCAACGAAGGAGGGCGGGGGUGCUGCCGUUCAGUCCCCUGAUGGAGGCGUGGAGGAGACGAAGGGGGAAGACGGGGUCCUGGCUGAAACUAAGGAGGAUGGCAAGGGCGUCUCGGGACAGGCGGGAGACGGGGCACGUGGUGAAGGCAAGGGUGCCGAGGGGGCCAGGGUAGGGGCCGGACCGCUAUUCGGGAAGAAGAAAGGUGGUAUCGCUGCGCGUUUCCAGGUGCUUCAGGUCAUGAACAGGAAGCUCCGAGAGGCGCUGCCGUACUUCGAUCUCGCCCAGUUGGAUUGCGAGUUGUCGGCGGCUCACCUUCUGUCCAACUGCCGCGGAUUGAUCUUCCGCGCGAUCAAAGAGUCGGUCUUGCUUUCGAUGAACACCAUGCACCCGAGGAGUCUUCGCACGCACUCGAAGCUAUACAACUGCGUUUUCAUGGGCGAGCGUAGCCAAGAUGCCGGGGGGCCGUACCGAGAGUCGUGGUCGAUGUACGCCCAGGAGUUGCAGUCGAGCGCGCUGCCGCUGCUGAUCCGUACGCCAAACGGGGUCCAUGCGGCAGGCAUGGGGCGAGACCGGUACGUGCCUAACCCUGGGGCGACGUCGCCUGACCAGGUGGAGAUGUUCGUCUUCCUCGGGAAGAUUAUGGGACACGCCAUGAGGUCGAAGGAAUACAUCGGCCUGAACCUGUCGGUGGUGGUGUGGAAGGCGCUGGUGGGGCAGGAAGUACAGCUUUCAGACCUCGAGAACGUGGACGUGCUGCUCACCAGGAGCAUGCAGGACAUCCGCACCAUUGACCAAAAGGGUGUCACCCGUACGCUGUUCUCGGACAUCGUGAUGGAGAACUUCACCGCAGUUUCUCUCGAUAAUAGAGAGGUCGAGCUCAAGCCAGGCGGCAAGAACAUAUCGGUCACGUGGGACAACCGCUUCGAGUACGCGGACCUCAUGGAGGAGCAGCGUCUGUCUGAAUGCUGCAGCAUGGUCAAGCACAUCCGGAAGGGAUUGGCAAUGGUGGUACCACUGACGGUUCUGGGAAUGUUCAACUGGGACGAGGUGGAGACCAUGGUCUGCGGAAAGCCGGAAGUGGACGUCGACCUCCUCGAGGCGAUCGCGGAGUACUCCGGGUGCAGGAAGGAGCAGCCGCACAUCAAGUUCUUUUGGCAGGCGUUGCGCGAGUUCACCCCACAAGAGCGAUCGAUGCUCAUCAAGUUCACCUGGGGACGGACGAGGCUACCGCUCACGGCGGAGGGCUUCAGCCAGCGCUUCAAGCUGCAGAAUUUCGCGCGCUCUCCCGCAGACGACUAUCUGCCAGUGGCUCACACGUGCUUCUUCAGCUUGGAGCUGCCGGCCUACAGCUCUCUCGAGGCACGCCGGCCUACAGUCAUGAAGGAGCGGCUGCUUUUCGCGGCGUUUAACUGCAGCGCAAUCGAUGGAGAUGACAACUUCGCUGGGAUGAAUGCGGCCGCCCUUGGAUGGGACUGGGAUGAGGAAGAGGACGUAGGCGGGGAGGGGGGUGCACAGGCCUAAAGCGGCGGAUUGGGUUUAGGCCGAUCCCUUCGGCUCAUUGUUUCGUUUUCCUUGUUAGUGCACAAGCGGACGUAAGUUUGUCGCGUGCGUUGUUUUUUUGCCAUCCCGUCUACGUAAUCGGGAUACAUGGGUAAGGAGACAGACCGAGAUAUAGAACAAGAAAUUAAACCAAUUAGGUAGUCGUGGCGUAAUGGUAGAAGGAGUGAAGUACAAGAGUGAUUCAAGACUUGUGUUUUCGAGUUGGGAUCGCAACCGAGAGCAUCCUGUGGUUUGUCUGGUUGUUGUCGUGUGGAAGUAAAUAUUUUAGAUGGGCUUAUCACCAAUCAGCGUUCAUCGCCCAGUCAGAAUGUAUCAGUAGAUUCGAUAGCCCUCUCUCUGUUGCGGAUCACCGAUCAAGUGGGAAUAAAUGAAGUUUUUGGAGAAAGAGAUGCGGCGACCGUCGUGUCUGAGAUAUAAAUGCCAACGAGACCUG